AUGGGACUGAAACCAAGCGUCAAUGCACGCAACAUGGAAGCAGUGCUUGCAUUUGGGCAACUUCUUCAGCCUUUCACCAUCCAUAACUUCAUGAAGGCAAACCACACAGUAUGGGGUUUCAUAAUCAUUAUUCUUAUUCUUGUUGGGAUAUUGAUUUUGGCGGAAGUGGCAAUACAAUUAGCUAUUUUGCUUAUCAACAACUCCAAUGUCUCAUCUUUCAUCAUCUUAAAGAAGGACGACAGAGAGAAGGUGGUAUACAGUAUACUCUCGUAUCGAAGAGCAUUCUUAAGACCAAAGAGCGGGGCGGAAAACCAUCGACAAGAUGAUGCUCGGCUGAUCAACUACUCUUGA